UCGGUCCUGUUGUUGUUGUUGCUCUGUCUCAAGGACUUUGUGCUUGUGCUUCCCUCUUUUAUAUAAGCUCUUCGUCUGCUUACCCUCUUUCUAUCUUUAAAAGGAGAGACAAACAAAACUACAGAGCGAGAGAGAGAGAGGAUGAGAACGAAACGUGGGCUUUGUUGCCCAAAAUUAGUAGAUGUUUGUUUAGACCAGAGAGUAAUUUUUAAGAAGAGAAGAAUUAUCGCCGGUGAACGGAAGGUGGUUUGCCGUAAAAGGCCAAAACUUUCGCCGGGCACGGCUGGUCAGUGUGACUUGUUUGAAGCUUUUCCUGAUGAUCUUGUCGUUUCUAUUUUAUGCAAACUCAGUUCCACCGCUCGUUGCCCAUCCGAUUUCGUUAACGUUUUGAUGACAUGCAAGAGAUUGAACGGCUUGGCUAUGAAUCCUCUAGUACUGUCUAAAGCUUCUGAGAAAACGUUUGCUGUUAAAGCCAAAAACUGGUCGGACGCAGCUCACCGUUUCUUGAAACUAUGUGCCGACGCCGGAAACGUUGAAGCUUGUUACACUCUAGGCAUGAUUCGGUUCUACUGUUUAAAUAACCGAGGAAGCGGCGCGUCGCUCAUGGCCAAGGCUGCGAUUAGCUCACACGCGCAGGCGUUAUACUCUCUGGCUGUUAUUCAGUUCAACGGCAGCGGUGGUUCAAAGAACGACAAGGACCUGAGAGCCGGCGUAGCGCUUUGUGCACGAGCGGCUUUUCUUGGUCACAUCGACGCGCUACGCGAGCUUGGUCACUGUCUCCAGGAUGGUUACGGUGUCCGCCAAAACAUAGCUGAGGGACGACGGUUCCUCGUCCAAGCUAACGCUCGCGAGCUUGCUGCCGUGCUCUCGUCAACUCCUUCGCAAGUUAUCGGCACGCGCUCAUGGCUCACUUGGAAUUCACUCUCGCAUGCACACCCUCACCCAGUUCCCCAACCACAGAAUCCCGACGGUCAGAUGACUGGGAUGGGAUGUCCGUUACUAAGCGAUUUCGGCUGCAAUGUACCGGCUCCAGAAGCACAUCCGGCAAGCCGAUUUUUAGCCGAGUGGUUUGCUUUACGUGAUGGCACGCCUGAACCCGGAUUAAGACUAUGUUCGCACGUCGGCUGUGGGAGACCCGAGACAAGGAGACAUGAGUUUCGUCGGUGUUCGGUCUGUGGGGCUGUAAACUACUGCUCACGCGCUUGUCAAGCGCUUGAUUGGAAACUGCGACAUAAAGCCGAGUGCACGCCGGUUGACCGAUGGCUUGACGAAGACGGUGAAUUAGAGGGUGCGGGUAAUAUUAAUCAGGAUGUUGGAGGAGCAGGAGGCGGUGAAGGGGAUGAUGACGUCAUGGCUGAUAGUUAAACGGUGAAGGGAUGUUAGACUGACGGAGAUAGUGAUUGUGAAGUUAACCGUAACGGUAACGGCAUCGGCACAUAAUAUGUGUUUAUAUAGGCGUUAAAAAUGAGAAAAGAGAAACGAAGAAAAUUGAGGCCAGUUUUGGUGGAAAAUUCAACUUUAAUUAUGGUCGUUGGAACUUGUAAGGCAGUUCGUGAGCUCAAGUUUUGUUUGCCCUAGUUUGUAUAUAGGGGUAAAAUCGGAAAAACUCCUUUCUUUUUAACUUUUUUCCAAAUUUCAUUUUGUACUAUAGACCAACCUUCAACUUUAAAUUUGGUAAAUUAAAUUCAAACCCUUUCAUUUCUUAUGCCCA